AUUGAAUUCCAAACCUUGCAAUAAACAUUUUGGAAAUACAACCUCCAACCUGCAACAAUGGUGCUGCUACCCAUCUUGCAUGUAACCCUCUUGCAAUUAACACUGGCCUCAUUUUCAGCAGCCAUUGAUCCAACACAAGGGUUCACCCAACUCCCAAUAAGCAACUCAAAUUUCCAGGUCCAAAAGCCUUACGAUGUUCCACAAAACCAGCGUUACACCUUCAUAGAUGGGGUUCAUAAAUUCUGGGUGUACUCCACCGACAAGCCUUUCGAACCAUCCAGCACCACCCUGCCACGAACCGAGAUUCGCAUUACGGGAUAUGAUUAUACAUCCGGUGUGUGGCAAUUUGAAGGGGACUUUUACGUGCCGAGUGGAACAAGCGGUGUGAGCAUCAUGCAAGUGUUCGGUGGAAGCUCCUCUGCCACAACGUUGCAGCUUAGGGUGUAUGAUGGUUCUCUUAAGGCUUAUAGGGAUCCUGUUGUGCAGAACAACAUCUAUGAUAGAUGGUUCAGGCUGAAUGUGAUUCAUGAUGUUGGUGCCAACAACGUCAAGGUUUACAUUGAUGGGAAUCUCAAUUUUGAUGGUGAUGGUCGUGGACCCGGUACUUUCUACUUCAAGUUUGGGGUUUAUACUCAGAAUGAUCCUUCCAACUAUAUGGAAUCUCGUUGGAGGGAUAUUAAACUCUUUAGAAAGCAGUAAUAGUACUUGCAUUUUAAUUUGGUGUAUACAUUGAAUAAGAAACAAGAACUACUUGUUAUAUAUAUGUUACCCGCUUUGACUAAUAAAUAAUAUAUUAUAUUAUGUAA